AUGGCAGUACCACUCGCCGCCGUCGCCCGGGCGCCCAAAAUGGGUCGCAAACAAGUCUUUCUUCCCAAUUUCACCAUAACGCUCCUCCGCACACCGACUCUGCCACCCUCGUUCGCUUCGUUUAUCGUACCCCUCAAUUUGAAUAAAUUGGAUCUGAGAGAUUAUUUGUGGAAUCUUUAUGGGAUAGAGGUGAGGGGAGUGAGGAGUUAUAUUCAAGCGCAGAAAUUGAGGGAGGGGAAAGAGGGACAGAAGGUUCCGUCGCCGAGGCAAUGGUUUAGGCCGAGGAGUAUUAAGAGGAUGAUGGUAGAGAUGGAGAGGCCAUUUGUGUGGCCCGAAGAGCCUAAGGACUUUUCUGAUUGGGAUCAAGAAAAAGUCAAGGCGCGCCAAGAAUACGAAGAAGAACUACAAAGAUCCACCUACCCAGACGCCAAACAAAAGCCCACCAACGAACGUAUAUCGAUCGCCGAGCAAGCAAGGGCGAUUUUGCAAGGAAAGGAGAAAUGGAAGUCGACUCUCAAUACGUGGGUUAAUGUUGGGGGGGAGAAGGAAGUCGAGACAGAUGUGCAUGUACCUCGUUCUAGACGGAGUAGUCAGAACUGA